CGCUUCAAUACCAAAAACUCCUACCGCCCUUUUAAAAACAACACAAAACCAAACCAAUAAAAACAUCGCCCACUGUUCCAUCCGCCACCGCCCCAACUCCGCAGCCCCUCAUCCCUUCCCGGCCGCCGCAUUAUGGCCGGCGAUAACCCGGACAAGGCAAUCUACCUCCACGGCGACCUCGACCUCAGGAUCAUCGAGGCCCGCUGCCUUCCUAACAUGGACCUCGUCUCCGAGCGCCUCCGCCGCUGCCUCACCGCGUUCGAUCUCUGCCGCCGCCCCUUCGCCAAAAGCCGCAGCCACGACCGCCGCCACCACCACCGCAAGAUCAUCACCAGCGACCCUUACGUCACGGUCUGCCUCGCCGGCGCCCGGGUCGCCCGGACCCGGGUCAUAUCCAACUCCCAGGAUCCGAUUUGGGACGAGCAUUUCCAGAUCCCCUUAGCUCACCCCGUUUCUCAGGUCGAUUUUCAAGUCAAGGACAACGACAUGUUUGGCGCCGAGCUAAUCGGAAUUGCAUCCGUGCCGGCAAGCCGAAUUGCUUCAGGCGAACUAAUCGACGAUUGGUUCCCAGUAAUCGGAUCAUACGGAAAGCCCCCAAAACCCGACUCGGCCAUCCGGGUACAAAUGACGUUUACGCCCUUCCACAAGAACCCGGUUUACAAAAACGGCAUUUCCGAGGAUUACAAGUUGAAGCAGAGCUAUUUCCCGUCUCGUCAUGGAGGUAAGGUCACACUCUAUCAGGAUGCUCACGUGAAGGAUGGGAUGUUGCCGGAAAUCGAGCUUGAUGGUGGGAAAAAGUUCGAGCACGGGAAGUGUUGGGAGGACAUUUGUCACGCGAUUUUGGAGGCGCAUCACUUAGUGUACAUUGUUGGGUGGUCGAUUUUUCAUAAGGUGAAGUUGGUGAGAGAACCGAGCAAGCCAUUGCCGAAAGGUGGGGAUUUGAAUCUUGGGGAGUUGCUUAAGUACAAGUCGCAGGAAGGGGUGAGGGUUUUGCUGUUGGUUUGGGACGACAAGACAUCGCACAACAAGUUCUUUUUUAAGACGGAAGGAGUGAUGCAAACUCAUGACGAAGAAACUCGGAAGUUUUUCAAGCACUCGUCUGUCACAUGUGUGCUAGCCCCCCGUUACGCAAGUAGUAAGCUCAGCUUUUUCAAGCAGCAGGCAUGCUUUGUUGUUGGAACUCUUUAUACGCACCAUCAGAAAUGUGUUAUUGUGGACACUCAAGACUAUGGCAACAACAGAAAGAUAACUUCUUUCAUUGGCGGUCUCGAUCUCUGUGAUGGACGCUAUGAUACUCCCGAACAUAGACUGUUUCGUGAUCUCGACACUGUAUUUGAGAAUGAUUAUCAUAAUCCAACCUUUCCUCCGGGAAAGAAAGGACCAAGACAACCUUGGCAUGAUCUACAUUGCAAAAUUGAAGGUCCGGCCGCUUAUGAUGUGCUCACAAACUUUGAACAACGGUGGAGAAAAGCCACUAAAUGGUCUGAGUUUGGACAACGCUUUAAAAAGAUUUCACAUUGGCAUGAUGACGCUUUGAUUAAGGUUGAAAGAAUAUCCUGGAUUAAUAGUCCGUCACCAACUGUUCCAAAUGAUGACCCUUCAUUAUGGGUUUCAUUGGAAGACAGUCCAGAAAACUGGCAUGUUCAGGUUGUGAAGGGUUUAACAUUAACAAUUUUACCUCAGCUUCUUAUUUAUUUAUAUCGACAGAUUUUCCGGUCCAUAGAUUCGGGAUCGCUGAAAGGAUUUCCCAAAAAUGUCCAUGCAGCUGAGGAACAAAACCUAGUGUGUGCGAAAAAUUUGGUGAUAGACAGAAGCAUUCAAAUGGCUUAUAUCCAUGCUAUAAGAUGUGCACAACAUUUCAUAUACAUUGAGAACCAAUAUUUCCUCGGGUCAUCUUAUGCUUGGCCAUCUUAUGAAAAUGCAGGCGCUGACAAUUUAAUCCCUAUGGAACUUGCACUAAAGAUAGCCAGUAAAAUAAGAGCAAAAGAAAGAUUCACAGUUUAUAUUGUUAUCCCUAUGUGGCCAGAGGGAGUUCCGGAUUCUGCCUCAGUACAAGAAAUCCUUUUUUGGCAGUGGCAAACAAUGCAAAUGAUGUAUGAGAUCAUUGCUAAAGAGAUCAAGUCUGCUGAACUCGAGAAUGCACAUCCAACAGACUAUCUAAAUUUCUACUGUCUUGGCAAUCGAGAGCAAUGCCCUGAAGAAGAAGUAAAUGUUGAUGGUCAAAACUCAUCUAGUUCGGACACAAAUUCAAAAAAAUUCCGAAGAUUUAUGAUUUAUGUACAUGCCAAGGGCAUGAUUGUGGAUGAUGAGUACGUGAUACUCGGUUCUGCCAAUAUAAACCAACGGUCAAUGGCUGGUUCAAGAGAUACUGAAAUUGCCAUGGGUGCUUAUCAACCCCAUUACACUUGGGCUAAAAAACAGGAACAUCCUUUGGGCCAGAUAUAUGGAUACCGUAUGUCACUUUGGGCAGAACACAUUGGAAGUAUUCACAAGUGUUUCAAGGAACCUAAAAACUUAGAGUGCGUAAAGUAUGUGAAUAGUGUGGCGGAAGAUAAUUGGAAUAGGUACACAGCAAACGAGUUCACUUCAUUAAAAGGGCAUAUCCUAAAAUACCCGGUGGCAAUAGAUGCUGAUGGGAAGGUUAGUUCUUUGCCCGGACAUGAAAAUUUCAUCGAUGUUGGUGGUAAGGUGCUGGGAUGUCCAACAAAUUUGCCAGAUGCAUUGACUACUUGAAUUGUCUUCACAUUUUCACGUAACAUAGUUUUUGUAUGAAUCCUUUGUUGUACCAACAAAAACCCCACACUAAAGGGGUAUUAUGAAUACAAUGUGAAAUUAGAGAAGUUGAAUACCAAACUAAAACAAAAUGUUUUCGAGCUUUUGGUACCGGUUGUGUUGUGCGACGAAUUAUAUCGGAAAAAAUAACUUCAAACUUUAGUGUCACAGCAAUUUGUAUUUUCGUUUUCAA